GCCAACGAUGGUUGGAAGCCCUGGAUAGCUUCACAGCAAGGCUUCACGGUGCUCACCUCCAGAGUGUGGAUUAGCACCAGCUCGCUAAGCCUGGGAAGCCUGGGAAACGGGAAUGGUAAAGGACGCACGAUGACAUUGUAAAGCCGGUUCCUAAGGAAAAAGUUGUGGACCAGAAUCGAUGCGGACGGCGUGCGAUGCUCAAGAACAAAGAUUCUACUCUUCUUCCGUGAGUACUCUGCGGAAACAUGUAUAGCCUUUGUUUGCACUUGCUCUUGCAAGUUUGCAGCCUCAAAAGUCAGCGCUCAGCGUGCCGCAGCAUUCCAGACGACAUGGAUGGCCAUUCAGUCAGUAUGGCUGUGAGCUAUGUAGAGUUUUUGUCUUCCCUUUUUGGAACUCCGCUGUCGUCAGCGGGAAGGGCGAGGUCAUAUUCCGAUGACUACUCACAGGCCAGCUAUGCACCCUCCAGCCCAGUCCACUGGCUUGGGGCCAACGAAACAGAUUGCGGACAAGGCUUGGGUCGACAAUGCCGUGCAGGCCACUUUGAGCACUCCAAGGAGGACAAGGAGAUUGCAUUUCCACCUACACCGACGGUGAAGAUUACUCGGUCCACCAGCGACUGAGGUGCUUGGGUGUUGCAUUCUUACAGCAGAUCAUUCUAUCCUCAAGUGCAAAUGAGCUUGGAGUAAAUGCAUCGUGGUGCGUUCUUUCUUCUGUCAGUGCAUGUGUGCGCUUUGGAGCCUGGGUGCUGGUGCCGCUGCAGGGUGCAGCUGCCAGAUGUUGGUGUUUUCCCGUGGAAACGAAGGUGCACAUUGAUCACGAAACAGUGAGAGAUAGCCAGAGGAUGCCACAGGUAUUGAGACCUCCGGACACAGAUGAGCCGUGCCAGCCAAUUGCACAGGUUUGCUUCUAACCUUUCAAUCAUUACCUGGACAUGCUAUAUCAGUGAUUGCCAAUGUCUUGGUUUUGCUCAUGAUCCCAUGUCUCACCUGACACCGGAGUGGGAAGUUGUUGGUGUUUGUAUGUGGAUCCAGAUGCUACCUGCACUUGGACCAUGCUUAAGCUCUGUAUAUAGUGAUGCUCGAGGAGGUGGAGCCUAAAGGCAAGACACCUUGAAAUUUACAUGAUUUCAAUGUUCUGGCUAUGAGGGCUGAUAGUGACCAGCGACAAGCGAGUUCAAAGACUCGCAGUGUAGGAUGGCAUUUGUGCUCUUUGCAUUGUGCUCUUUAUCU